AUGGCAGGAUCAAAACGACACGAAGCACGAGGCGGUUGCGUAGGAGGGGCAGCGUACGAUAAAAUCGAGGAUCUUGUGAUCUCACCUCGAACUGAUAGAGGUUACUCUGCGGUACCCAUUCGAGAACAACUUUGGAGCACUGUACCACAUCGAUUCUAUGAUAUCCUUGACAGCAUAGAUGUGAAUUGCGCGAAAAUUCUGGAAAACGAUGAGACUGCGAUCCGGGCGGCGGAAAAUAUGACUUACAGUUCACUUUUUAUCAAAGAAAUUAUUUUACGAGAGGAGCAGAGGUGCCCGUGGAUACGGAACCUUUUCGGAUUCGACUGUAAACCUACAUCAAAAGCAGAGCGAAAAUUUCCACUUGCUUAUGGGUUGCUUGUGUACACUAACGCAAUCCAAGUGCUUUUCAUGCUAAGUGCCUUCUAUCGACUACAAAACGAGUACUGUAUAGCAGUAAGCGGAUCUGCUUCAAAAGACUUCAAAUUUCUCAUGAAAGUUGUCGACGAAUGUUUUGACAAUGUUUACGUCAUGGAGCGACCUCCCGUUAAAUGGGGUUCAUUUGAAAUUCUCAACUCCACGUUUGCUUGUCUUGAAGUUCUAUCGCACAGCGAUAGACCGUGGAGAUACUAUCAGUACCUCUCCGGUUUUGAUGUUCCAUUGAAGACAAAUCGGGAAAUGAUUGAGAUAUUUAAAAUGUGGAACAAUACGGUAAAUGCACGGUAUAUGCGCUACGAGAAGCAUCGCUUGAAUCAAAAACGAGAAGAAGAUUCACCGUUACCUAUCAUUAAAGCUUCGGUUUCGGCUGCACUUCCUAGAUCUGCUGUGGAUAAAAUAGUGAAGAGCAAGGAAACUAGAAAGUUACUGAAGUUUCUGCAAGGCACAACAAUCCCGGAUGAAAGUUUUUGGGGGACAUUGACCGGCAAUACUGAUAAAUUUCCAAUGCCUGGAGGUAUAAAUGCAGAAAAAUUGCUUGAAUACCAAGAAGAACAUAAUAGAACUCGUCAACAUAUGGUCAAAAAAUUCAUGAAGAUAUCACCUCGGAUGAGCAAUUAUCUAUCCAGAUAUCAGCUAUGGCGGCGACGAAAUGACACUUGUAGAGGUAAAUAUGUGCACGGUUCAUGUGUUUACGGUUUGAAGGAUCUGGCAGAUUUAAUGAAACAACCACAUCUUGUCGCUCAUAAAAUGUAUAUCGACUUUCAACCUGCCGCCUUGUUUUGUGCACUAAAGACGAUUAGAAUCCGGGAGCGAGAUCGUUUCACGUUGAAUGUGAAACCGUACAGCGAAAUCCCACACGUUCAGCUUAGUGCAGGCUUAGAAUAUCCAAGAGAGAUGCGGAAUCAGAGCAUGAUUCCUGUUGAUCUCGGAGGACGAUAUCAGAAUUGCUGUGAAACUCAAAAUUCGCAAUCCAGAGAGAUGAUUCCACCAGUCCAGCACUGGUUCAUUAUAGGUGGAAUAAACCUAAGCUCUAUAGUCGCACCGGGUCUUCGAAUAGCAAAAAAGUGUUGA